AUGAAGAACAAACUGUCUAAAGAAUUGGGCUUUCGGUUCUUCACGCGCGGACGGUGGACAAGAGCCGGCGGCGGCGGCGGCGCGGGGACAGGCACUGCAGUCGCGGCGGCUGCGGCGCCCAGGGCAGCCGCGGAGGCCGAAGAGGGAGGAAAAGCGGCCGAAGGUGGUGGACAGCCGCGGCGGAGUCGGACGCGGUCGGGCCUGACGACGAUACGCACAGUGUUGUGGAAAGUGUUCAAAACGACCGUCGCCCUCGGUGUGUUUGCAGUAGUGUGCGCGUUCGUUUGGUACACGAUGGGUCUGCCGUUCCUGUUGCAAGUUAUUGUGGUCGCGCUCAUCGCGUACGUGGCCAGUGGCGGUUACAAAUUCCUCUACCUGUUGUACCGCACCGCUCCCAGGGAUAUCAAGGCGCUGUGCCGUUAUUUCUAUUUCCUGUACACCGCGAAAAAGUUGGAAAAAUCCAACUGGACCGUCGCCGACUUGUUCAAGAACACCGUUGUCAAGAAUACACCGAAUAAAGUGAUAUUCUUUUUCGAAAAUAAAGAAUGGACCGCGUUGCAAGUGGAAGAGUACAGCAACAAAGUGGCCAACGCCAUGUUGGAGAGCGGUUUCAAGAAGGGAGACGUUGUCGGUCUCAUGAUGGAAAACCGUCCAGAGUUCGUGGCCACCUGGUUGGGCAUGUCCAAAGUGGGCAUCGUAUCGGCUCUCAUCAACUACAACCUCAGACAAAUAUCGCUGGCCCAUUCGGUCAACGUGGCCAACUGUAAAUGCCUGAUAUACGGCUCCGAGCUGAUUGAGGACAUUGAAGAAAUCAAAGACAAACUGCCCAACAACAUCAAACUGUUGGUGUGGUCUAGCGGUUCGGUACCGGCCAACGACGACACCUACUUAAACAACCUGGUGGACAAGUCGCCGGCGACCGUACCUAACCCGCCGGAGAAGCCGGGCAUCCGCGACCGUCUGCUGUACAUUUACACAUCGGGCACGACCGGUUUGCCCAAAGCUGCGGUCAUCACCAACAUUAGAUACAUGUUCAUCGCCGGAGCCACAUCGUAUCAAUUGGGUUUCAAUUGCACUGAUCGGUUUUACACACCUAUGCCGCUGUACCAUACGGCUGCAGGCGUUCUGUGCAUCGGUCAAGCCCUUAUGUACGGUUGCAGUGUGGUGAUUAGGAAAAAGUUUUCCGCUUCCGGUUACUUCCAGGACAUUGCCAAGUACAACUGUACCGCCGCUCAGUACAUCGGUGAAAUGUGCCGAUACAUAUUGUCCACUGAUCCCAAACCCGAAGACACCAACCACAAGCUUAGACUGAUCUUCGGCAACGGACUCCGACCUCAGAUUUGGAAAGAUUUUGUUAGCCGGUUCAACAUACCGAGAGUGGCCGAGUUUUAUGGAUCCACCGAAGGAAACGCCAACAUCGCAAACAUUGACAACACUUUUGGAUCGAUUGGCUUCGUGUCCAGAAUAUGCCCGAGCAUCUAUCCAAUUACGAUCAUCCGUGUCGACCCGCUUACCUGUGAACCGAUCCGAGACGCCAACGGCCUCUGCAUGAGAUGUGAACCAGGUGAACCCGGAGUGAUUGUCGGUAAAAUCAACGACACCAACCCGUCCAGACAGUUCCUGGGCUACGUAAACGAUAAGGAAUCCGAGAAAAAAGUCGUCAGAAACGUGUUCGAGAAAGGAGAUUCAGCUUUUUUGUCGGGCGAUUUGCUUGUAUGCGACGAUCUUGGUUACUUGUACUUCAAAGACAGAACCGGCGACACUUUCAGAUGGAAAGGUGAAAACGUAUCUACGGCAGAGGUUGAAGGUGUCGUCAGUAACAUUGCCGGUUACCGCGACAGUGUUGUCUAUGGCGUCGAAGUACCUAACUCCGAGGGACGCGCGGGCAUGGCGGCGAUAGUGGACAAGAACAAUACGCUGGAUAUGGCAAGCUUGGCCGAAGGACUGAAAAAAAUGUUGCCCGGCUACGCUCGACCAUUGUUCAUCCGGAAACUCAUCGAAGUCGAAUUGACCGGCACUUACAAACUGAAGAAGGUGGACUUGCAAAACGAAGGAUUCGAUAUGGACAAGAUUAAAGAUCCGUUAUACUUUAUGAACGAUAAAGGAAACUACGAGUUGAUGACUGCAGAGACGUAUGAAAAAAUCAAGGACAACCAAAUCCGGUUUUGAAAAAGCCGAAAACCACGUUAGUCGUCGACUGUGUUGUCGUGUGUGAAUGUGUACGUAGGCUCUCUACGUUUCUUUUUCUUUCGUAACUAAACAUUUUUUUCUUCGAUAUCGUACUUCUUUUCUUAAUCGUAAUCAAAAAUUGUAGAAUCAACAAACUUUGAAAAGAAUAAAAAAAAAAUACAUAUAAGAUAAAACGGAAAAGACUCCACGAUUAUUUUAAUAUAUUACAAAUAAAAAAACCAAAAAACUUUUUUUUUUUGUAGCGUGAUUAAUUUUUUUUUUUGUAAUCUGUCGCUUAACAUUAUUGUUUAAGUAUAAUUUUUUUGUUUGUAAUAUUUUUGUUUUUGACAACUUUAUUUUGUACAGGUGCAUUGUAUAUAAUUUUACUACCCUAUAUUAUUAUAUUAUGAUUGAUCUUAUGAAUAUAUUAUUAUUUUUAUUGCAACGACAUCUGACAUGAAUUGAACAUCGAUUGAUUAUUACCGAAACAAGAGGAGGAAUGUUUUUAUUUUCUUCUAAAUAAUAUUAUUAAAAGCAAAACGACUGUUUAACUUGCAAUAUUGUAUUCAACAACUCUUUAAUUGUAAGCAAUAGUGAAAUUAUUAUCGUUGUAAGACAAACCUUAAAUGUAUUAUUAUUAUUAUUAUUGUUUGUAGUAGUAUUGUUUCAACGAGUAAAACUUUGUGUGUAUAAUUAAUAUUAUUAUUAUUAUUUGUAUUUGUUUAUGUUAUUUUGUAUGAUAGUACAGUGUUACCCGGAA